GACGGACGCGGUCAUUCUGCUGCGCGCGGCCAUCACGGUAUGCUCGCUCAACCACCGGCACUGUCCUCACAUCCAUCUCCUCAGUUCCUGCGCCAGAGCACGCGGAGGCAUCUCUCUGGCUUGAAGUCUUACUCUGAUCACUGUAAACUGUGAGGAUUAUCACCAAGGACGGUAGUGGGCGACCAUGACUGGGUUCGUAUCCAUACCUCUCGCUGAGGAAGGUGGCGAGCGUAGCAACACUCAGCUGGCUGGAGUCGCGAAAGUAUUGGGACCAAGAUGGCUGCAGCUCCCUGCGCUGACUAUUGGGUUGCUUGGCGUACAAGUGUUCUGGUCCAUAGAGAUGUCGUACGGUACACCGUAUCUAUUAUCUCUUGGUCUCUCCAAGUCUGCCGUUGCGACCGUGUUCCUUGCCGGUCCAAUUUCGGGGUUGCUCGUACAACCCCUCAUCGGUGUCCUUGCUGACAACUCAAAGUCGCGUUUCGGACGCCGGAGACCGUACAUGUUUGCAGGGACCUGUAUUUGUGUCGUCGCAAUGCUCCUUCUGGGGUUUACGCGUCCGUUCGCAAGCAUAUUCACGACAGCUGAGUCUAUGGCAAACAAUGUCUUGACAAUAUGCUUGGCAAUAUUUGCCCUCUUCUCAAUCGACUUCUCAAUAAACGCAGUUCAGGCCGUGGACCGCGCCCUUAUUGUAGAUACAUUACCUUCGUCAGACCAGGCCGACGCGAACGCGUGGGCAGCCCGCAUGCUUGGCGUAGGGAGCGUCGCAGGUUACUUCAUAGGAAACGUCGACCUAACAACCGUAUUUUCAUUCCUCGGAAACACUGAGCUCGAGGUGCUAGCAGUCCUCGGGUCCUUCUUGCUGAUCGCCAUGCACACCAUCACCGCCUUGUGCACCAAGGAGAGAGUAGUCAUCGCCACCAAGGGCGCACGGAAGGGAUUCCUCCAAGAGCUGAAGGACAUCUGGGAUAACGUCCGCAAUUUGCCUCCUGUGAUCCGUCAGAUCUGCAUCAUCCAGUUCUUUGCAUGGAUAGGCUGGUUUCCCAUACUCUUCUACACCACAGAGUUCAUCGGCGAGCUGCACAAACAUGUCCACUCGUCCACGCCACAAGACGACCCGGACCUCAACGCAGAAGCGACGCGUCUCGGCUCGCGUGCUCUGUUCUACAGCUCCAUACUCAGUCUGGCAUGUAACUUGCUCCUACCAUUCUUCGUAAGCGAGGCGACGAAGAGUCGCGCAGCACUGGACAGGAACCUCAAUGGGCACGCGACUCGCUGGGUGAUGAUGUACCAGCGGGUCAAAAUACAUCUGGCUACGCUCUGGGCGGUGUCACAUAUGGUCUUCGCUGUGUGCAUGGCUGCGACCUUCUUCUACUCCACGGUUUGGGGAGCCACCUUCUUCACAACAAUCACGGGCUUCUCUUGGUCGAUAACACAAUGGGCACCGUUCUCGCUUCUCGCAGAAGCCAUUCUUUCUGAAGACGACUCAGACGACCGCGACACCGCGUCCAUUAUGCUCGCCGACACACGUCAUCGCUCGCGCCCCGCAUCGCCCGACGAGGAGCGCCAGUUCCUCGUUGCCGACCCUGGAGACGAGGACGAGGGCCUCGAGGCGGAAGUGCGCUCGUUCCGGUCGUCUGCGUCGAUGGACGAGUCGGACCAUGAGCGCGAGGCGCUCAGGCAUCAACAAGAGCGCAGAGGCGAGUUCAUGUCGAACGCCUCUGCGCGGAUGAGCCACCUGGAGGUGCACGGCGAUGGGGAACCUGAUUGGGAGGGCGACGGUGGGAAGGAGGGCGGAGGAUUGGCGGCCAAGGCGGGGAUCAUUCUCGGAAUCCACAAUGUCUUCAUUGUCAUGCCGCAGUUUGUAAUGACGGGUAUCGCCUCAAUCAUCUUCGCGAUAUUCGACGGCGCGAUACCAAAGAGCCCGGAUGGGACGAGCCCCGGCAACAGCACCGCGACGCCAGGAGAACUGGCGAAAGAUGCGGGCCUCCAGCUGCGCGAGAGUCUCUCCACGUCUGCUGCACCAAAUUCGUACGCGAUCGUAUUCAGACUGGGCGGUGUCGCUUCGAUAGUUGCGUUCGUGCUCACUGUGCGACUUGCCCGGGAGUUGAGACGGCGGCAAUGACCAGCUGGAGACCCGUUGGUGGUCGUCUUACGUGUAUAGUCGUUCAACGUUGAUGCUUCGGCCGCAUGAUGGAUAUUGUAUGCUAGUGACAUCUUGUUAAUCAUUGGGUUACUUUGGAUGUG